UCUGCGGGCCGCUCACCUGUCGGCCGGGCUCCCGCGCUCGCCUGCGCCCCGGGCCCCCGCGCCUCCCCGGCGGUCCGCGCUCGGCUGGGGGCGGAGGCCCGGCCACCAUGAUACAUUUCAUAUUGCUUUUCAGUCGACAGGGGAAAUUACGGCUGCAGAAAUGGUACACGACGCUCCCUGACAAAGAAAGGAAAAAGAUCACCCGGGAGAUUGUUCAGAUUAUCCUCUCUCGUGGUCAGAGGACGAGCAGUUUUGUUGACUGGAAGGAGCUCAAACUCGUUUAUAAAAGGUAUGCCAGUUUGUAUUUUUGCUGUGCAGUAGAAAAUCAGGACAACGAGCUCCUGACACUAGAGAUUGUGCAUCGUUACGUGGAGUUGCUCGACAAAUACUUUGGAAAUGUCUGUGAGCUGGAUAUUAUCUUCAAUUUUGAAAAGGCUUACUUUAUUCUUGACGAGUUCAUAAUGGGUGGAGAAAUUCAGGAAACGUCCAAAAAGUCUGCUGUGAAAGCCAUUGAAGAUUCUGAUAUGUUACAGGAGACAAUGGAAGAAUAUAUGAACAAGCCUACGUUUUAGCUGCGCGACGGUUGAAGAUGCCCUGUGCCAGCCGCUGCGAGCCUGAACCCUAGCAGCGCCGCACCGGCUCCCUGCAGUCUCCGGCAUGAUGCCAAAAAUAACUCAAAAGGGAUUUUUUGUUAACUAGCAGCAAGUUAUUUAACAUGUUUAGCACUAUUACAUGUCUGUGUUGUCUGCACACCCCUACUUGGUGUAGCUCUGGGUGUUAAAAUAACUGCUGCAGUGACUCCACUGAUGGAAUAUUUGUUCGUGAUGUUUGAACUCCACCUGCUAUGUCUAAGCUAAUUUAAAUAAACAUGUUGCAGUAUGUUUUUUUUUUUGUGGUUGUUGCAUUUGAUCCUCUACUGACAGCCGAAAACUGGAAAACUGUAUCGUAGUAGCCCAUGAUUUUGAAUGUGAAAUAUAUGUCCCACCAAUAAUUCUUUUCUAAAUGUUUAGCUUUUUAAACUGUGUCAUAAUUCGAAGUCAUGCUAAUAGUUCAGAGUUCAUACCUAAUGCUCGGCAUUUUUCAUAUACAUUAGUAAAACGUAAUUCCAGUCUAGAUACAAUGUAUCUGAUUUUAGUGUCCUGAAUUCUUUUUUUUUUUUUCAAGGUUGGAGUUAAGGAAAAUAACCAAAGAUAACAAGGGACUUAAAUGGUUUUGCUAUCUUGGAAGCUGCUAUCUAGUUGAGGUUUUAAUUUUUUAAUUUUUUACUUUUUAAUUGAACGUAAAGGGCAUUCCAAUAAGGCCAUGUUUCCUAUAAACUCUAUGUAUUUAUUAAGGAUUUGCACCUUCUGGAGAUACAGUGUCUAUGACUUCCCUUACUAUGAAAACAGUAUAAUGAAGACUAAUACCAAUAGCAGCAAUUCUUAUUUUUACUUCAAUUUUAAUAAUUUUUACGGUUCCAGGGACUCGUUACUUGAAAGAUUUUGCUUCAACUGUGUUUUAAUGUGCAUCUCCUAUAUUUUUCAAAUUAUUGUUUAUUAGACUUGGAGAAUUGAAUAGUAUUACAGCCUAUGUGGUAGAUGCUCUUCCUUCUUUCUCAUUUCUUCAUGCCCCCAAAUUAACUAUUUGCUGCUGACCAUUAUUAUCGUGAAUAUGUUGUAUUCGUGCUUCCUGGAAUGAACGUUCUGUCUACAGCAGUAGUAAAUGUGAUCACGCAUUAUAGGGAAAUAGCUCCUAAUACUCGGUCUUGGGUUUCCACUUCCAACGUCCUACCUGUGCCUUUUCAUUACCAGUUUUGAGGCCUGAUAUGAUUUCUGUUGAGUUAGGGGUUAGGGGCCCCUCGUGCUUUUCCUAUGAGAAGAGUGGGCUCGCUGUUGUAUUCUUUCUCUAGAUGAUCCUAUAUGGUAGAUCUUUAGAGGCCAUGAAGGAAAAAUGUCUUCUUGGAGGGAAAAACAUCCUCUUUGAUUCAUCUUGCCAGAUUUAGGGGAAAAUAAGAUAAGACCGCAAGAACAGAAGAAAACAUGGACCAAUUCCUCAACAGAGCCAUUGCUAGAAAGAAAUAACUCAGAUUAGUAUAUAACAGAAUUAUUGGGCUUUUAAUAUCUAAUAUUUACUCAAAUUAAUCAUGUGAUGACAAUGAUGGCCUCGGAUUAAAGUUUAACUGUCAUUUUGAUCACUUAGGUUUAUUUUAUGUCUUCAGAUGUGUGGUUUUGCUUUUUUUUUUUGUCAAUAUAGUGGAACUCUUUAUUUUUAAAAAGUUUUGUAGAGAUGGACUUUAUGUAAAUCAACACAGUUUCUCUGGUUCUUUUGAAGUUUUCCACCGUUUUGAGGUGAAGGUAUUUAUUCAUGAUUCUUUCAAAUUGGAUAAUUCCACCUCGGACCCUGCUGAGCUGUAUGUAGGGCUUUUCAGACUCUGUGUCAGUGUCUCACAUAGAAAAUGAACAUAAUGAUGUAGCACACUGUAAAUUUGAGAGAUUUGGAGGACUUUUUAUGUGAGUCUUGGGGAAAAUAAUCAUUAUAUUUUCUUUAUAUUAUACAAUUGUAAUAAAACU